CAUAAGUCGUAUCUCUUCCGUCAGCAUCGAAGCGGUCUAGCUCCUUACCUUAUUCUUACUUUUGGUCUCCUGAGUCUUUACAUUGUAAGCUCUAUGCUAUCACACAUAAAGUCUAACAUCCAUAUAUCCAUUUUAUAAUACUACCUCCCCGCGCCUCAUCUCGUCUCGUCUUAUUUUCAGGCCAUGACCACUUUUGUUUCAUUUGCAGAUUAGAAUUCUGCCUGAAAAUAAACUACCUUUUUUUUUUUUUUUUCUAUAGAAAUUAACCUUACAAUGGCAUCUUCUACGAAGGCUCGCCAACCUCGGCUCCGAGCCUCAUGCGAUGGGUGCUUCUUAGCUAAGGUCAAGUGUUCUAAAGCUCGACCGAUAUGCUCUCGUUGUCUAGCCUGCGGUAUUGAAUGUCGAUAUUCGCCUUCGAGCAGGGCCGGCAAGCCUAAGUCCGAACACAACGGAAACACCCACACGAAUCAUCCACAAGAUAUGCAGCAAAUGCAUCACGGCAUGAUAGAAGAAAAGGUCAUCACGUACUCCACAGCACACCAACCGGCACCCGAGCACAUGUUCACUACUUUCGGCACGGAUUGGACCUCACCUCCUAAUAGUGUUGAUGGCAACAUUAGUCGAAACCCAUCGAUAUCAACAGGCAUUUCCUUGCUUGGAGUAGAAGAUAGAGCUAUGGGUGAGCGAGAUCCAGUGUCUGAGCCGCCGGAGAUGUAUCCAUCCGCUAUACCUUGGUCUCCUCCAACAGAUCUUUCCUGUACCGCAUUCGACGGUCUCCCCGUUACAACAGGGCCGAUACCUAGCACUCAGAUGCGUUCUCACUCGUUCGAUCUAUCUAUGCCAACACCGAUUACAUGGACUGACCCGGUCCCACACGAUAUGAUUGCAUACAGCCAAGUAACAACCCCAACAAGCAUGUCCUCGGGCUAUUUCCCUAGCCCAACGACUACACCUACGAUGAGAUCAGCUGACCCCCGCCAACGAUCAUCACCGCCAACUAUGAACGGAGGUUCAUGUACUUGUUUUACAGCCUGCCUGCAAUCUCUUCAAGCAUUACAUAAUGCUUCCUCACCAGCACUGCCGCCGUUUGACUUUGUAUUGACUCUCAAUCGGAAGGCCGUUGAAGGGUGCGCGGCUAUGCUAUCCUGUACGAAAUGCAUGAGCCGAUCCGGCACACAUACUGCCGCUAUGCUCCUAGCUACUGUGAUCGGUAAAAUCACGUCGUUUUAUAACACCGCUUCUCAUUCAUAUUUCGAGUCUAGCGGUGUGGACAUGACACAAAACUAUGCUGGAAACAAUGUAGGGGUUAGCCUCGGUGUAUACCAGCUCAAUGGUGAAGAUGGCAAGUGGCUAGAGCUCGAGAUCCUUGCAAGGGAGCUUCGCAAACUAGAGGAAGUCUACUCUAGGUUUAGAGAGGUUGUCUGUGCUGAUUAUUCCGACGUCCCCGAAGUCACCAAGGCUAUGGUUGGCUAUCUAGGACAAAAUCUUGGUUCCACUCUCGAAGUGAUUAGCCAUAGAAAAGGUGAUAUGCCCUUCAUUACCUAACUUAAGAACGGCAUACCAACAAUUACGUUUAAGUCAUCACGACUAGCACAGGCAUGGCGAUUGGAUUGUACGCUAUCGAACGAUGUUAUGAUG